CUCAUCUGGGUGUUCCUGCUCCAUGGGGGGAUUGCACUGGAUGAGCUUUCCAGGGCCCUUCAACCCCUGACAUCCUGGGAUGCUGUGAACCCCCGGGGCCGCUCGCAGUGCCCGCGGUGCGGCUGAGCGCAGCCUCCCGGCACACGGCGGUUCCAGGUGCGGCGGGAGGGGUGUCGGCUCGCUGCCGCUGGGGAGGCGGCAGAACUACAGUUCCCAGCGGCCCGGGCGCGGGCGGAAGCGGCCUCGGGCCCGCGCUGCUUGGAGCUGCCCCGGCCCGGCCAUGGAGCUGCCCCGGCAGCGGCUGCUGGCGCUCAGCGAGGAGCUGGACGGCGCCGAGCUGGCGGCUCUCAAGUUCCUCAGCCUGGAGCACGUCCCCAUGAGGAAGCUGGAAGGCGUCCGGAGGGCGCAAGACUUGCUGGAGGUGCUGCAGGAGAAGGGGAUGCUGGAGGCGGGGAACCUCUCCUUCCUCAGGGAGCUGCUCUACCGCAUCGGCCGCAUGGACCUGCUGGCCCGGCUGGGCUGCAGCCGCGAGGAGAUGGACAGAGAGCUCCGCAUCCCGGACAGGGCACAGGUGUCGCCGUACCGAUACCUGCUCUUCCAGCUGUCAGAAGACAUCACUAAAGAUGAGCUGAACUCCUUUAAGUUUCUUCUGGGGGAAGAAUUACCAAAAUGCAAGCUGAACCCCAAGACAACAAUGCUCGACCUGUUCAUUGAGAUGGAGAAGAAGCGGAUUUUAGCAGAAGACAACCUGAGUAUCCUGAAGCAUCUCUGUGCAGAAAUUAACGUCAGCUUGUUGAAGAGAAUUGAAGAGUAUGAAUUAAACAUAGUCGGUGAAGAAGCGACCAUCACAGAGGAAGGGAGGUGCAGCACAGGAGACCCAGAAGUGCUGCUUUCUGUGCUGACCCGUGUUUGUCUGUGUUCAGCCCAUGGCAGAUGGCCGGCGUCACCUAUGGCACUGGAUUGUCCUGCCAACUGGAAUGAGCCGUCCCAGCUUGAAGCUUACAAGAUGAGCAGCCGCCCCCGUGGGGUGUGCCUGAUCCUGAAUAACCACAGCUUUGCAAAAGCCAGGGAAGCAGCGCCAGAACUCCGAGACAUGAAGGAUCGGAAUGGCACCCACAUGGACGCAGAGGCUCUGGGAAGAGUCUUCAGCAAGCUGCAUUUUACAGUCGCAGAAUAUAAAGACCUCACUGCCGAAGAAAUCCGUAAGAUUGUGAACUUGUUCCGGUGCGAAGACCACAAGGACAGAGACUGUUUUGUUUGCUGUGUCCUGUCUCAUGGGAAAAAAGGCAUUAUUUACGGAGUCGAUGGGCAGGAGGUGCCGAUCCAGGAGCUCACCACGUCUUUCACUGGACACAAUUGCCCCUCGCUUGCUGGAAAACCCAAAGUCUUUUUCAUUCAGGCCUGCCAAGGCGAUGCUUGCCAGAAAGGUGUGACCAUUGAAACGGAUUCCCUAGAAACAGACGCGAGAUUUCAGCUGGAGUGCAUCCCCGCCGAGGCAGAUUUCCUCCUGGGCAUGGCCACCCUGCAAGAUUACGUGUCCUACAGGAACCCGCGGCAGGGGACCUGGUACAUCCAGGCCUUGUGCCAGCACCUGGAGUCCAGCUGUCCUCGAGGAGAAGAUAUUCUCACCAUCCUGACAGCGGUGAAUCAAGAGGUGAGCCGGAAGAGCGGCAGGCCCAACGCAGAGAAGCAGAUGCCACAGCCCAGUUUCACGCUGAGGAAAAGACUCAUCUUUCCCGUCAACUAAAGGGGAGGGAACCGCGCGGCAACGGGAGCCGCUGGAGCAGAGGUAAAACCUCACGGACCUCAGCGCCUGCUCUUACCGCAGGAGCAAUUGUUUUCUUGACAAUACAGCUGAGGAGUGACAGCCGUGAGAACUCAGCGUUAGUAUCUAUGACACUUUAUACUUGAGAACGUCUCCGAGCUGGUCUCUGAUUUGUGGUUUGCCAGUAAAAAUAUGCUUGGGUUCUCCCUCAGCUGUGCCACGCUGUUCUUGCGUUCGGAAGGUCUCUCUCCAAUGCAAAUUUUAAGAUGAGUAUUGUUAAGCCUUGUAUAUUUUAUGCCUAAGUUUUGCAAAAUAAAGAGGGGCGUGCUGCAAAUUUUAUAGGCUAUAA